CCCAAGACAACAAUUAUACAAGAUGGUGGCAGGAAGUAUUGAAAUAUGUUUUUAUAACAAAUUAUAGCUAUUUAUUAGUAUUUAUUACUGUCGACUAGAUUAAAAUGAAUGUGAAGUAAUUAUAAAAUGUAUGUGUUGAAACUUUGAAAAUUCGUCAGUCACCAAACCGAUUAUUAAGCAGUUUACAAAGGUAAAAUUCUGAACAUAGCUGUGUUACAGAAUGGUGUUGACAGACCUACCAUUUGACAGGUGCAAGCUGCUGCAUAAUCGUUACCAGCUCCUUAAGAGACCUCUGAGUGCUCCAGGUCUCACACCGGAGGAGCAGACAGAUGCUGCUGAGGAGAGCAAAGAUUACGCAGCUUUUCUUAAAGCCCAAGAAAGAAAUGUUGGCCCAGGAGGUUUUCUAGACUCCACCAGGUACAGCUACACCUACACCUUGAAGAAAGACAAGCAGCCCUCCCGUCCAAGGACUAGAAGUGACACCACUAUCAACAAUGUGCUUUUGUUUUCUGAGCGAGUCAAACAAGAUGAGAGAGAGUAUGAAAAAAAUAUUAAAGUUAUUGAGGAUCAUAUGUGGCUACACAAGCAAGAGGAGAGGGAGUUGAAGCGGAUAGAGGGAGACAUCCUUAAACAACAGAGAGCAGUCAGACACACACUCAGAGAUUAUGAAAAUGCUGUAAAUAAAAAGAAACUGCUAGAGGAGAAACAACUGAACCAGUCCCUCCAGCGCUUUACUCAGAUGUCCAGAGACCAUCUUCACAAACAGGAAGAGGAGAUAAGACAUUGUAUGAUUGCUAAUGUAGCAAAUUCUCAAGCCCAAAAAGGCUCAGAGAGAAGGGGAUAUUUAAAACUAUCUGAGUUGGAGCAUUUGUAUGCUGUUAAAAAAGCUGCCAUCCAUCUGAAGAGGUCCGAGGUCAUGAGGCUGGGCCAGGAGUUUGAAGUUAAACUCAGACAAAAAGAAGAAGAACAGCACAGACUGAAGCAAGAGUUGUCUGAUCUUGCCAUCCAAUUGAAUCUUGAGGCACAGAAGGCAAGAGUUCAGAAGUUUGAGUUCAAAAGAAACCAAGUAAAAAAGAAAACUGAGAAAAUCCAAGAUGACUUGGAGAUGACAAGAAGUUUGGAGCAGAAAUUACUUAAAAGUGACAGUGAUAUCAAGAGCUGCUUGAUGAACAAAGGCCAGCUAGAUGCAGACUUAGCCCUCACUAAAUCUCAUUUAGACAUUAAAAAAAGGGACGAGCAACGUCAUUUAACAGACACUCAGAUGCAACUGGGUAGCACAGCUGAUGCGCAGAGAAAACUCAACUUCUCUGCAGUCAGCGCUGGAAUGGACCUCACUGCUAAACGUAUAGCACAGCAAGUAGAGGUCCACAAUCAGCGCAGGACAGACAGGCUGGCUGCUGAGUUGACAAGGAAAAAGGAAACAGAGCUGGCCAAGCAGCGUGGAUGUGAGCAGAACUUCAAAGAGAGACAACUGGAGGAACAGAGACACAAACACCAAGAUGCCCUCCUCUUUUUCCAGAAAAUGGUGACCAAAGGUCAGGACAAAGAGCUGCUGCUACACACCAAGGUGCGCACUGCAGAACUCUCUAGACAACAGCAGGAACACAAAGUGCAGCGUCUGCAGCAAGAGUUGGCAGACGUGAAGAGGCUCAAUGCCAGCAAGCUGAAGGGGGAGAUUGUUGAGAGAAGCUUAGAGGAGCAGGAACUGGAACGAAGUUUACUCAAGGAAAAGGCGCAGCUUGAGAAGGUGAAUGCCGUGCGUACUGAGAGCUACCAGAAGCUGCUGGCCCAUAGAGCCAGGCUGCUGGAAGACAGACACUUGCUCCACGAACAUCUGACAGCACAGCAGCGACUUCUUAGAAUUGGCUCUAGGACAGACCUCAGAGCUUAAAGCUCUGCUAAAGGUUCAGUUGCUUGAGUAUUGAAAGACAUUGGAAAGGCCUAAAUGAUCAAAGCGUUAAUUUAACUGAUUCUUUGUUGUGCCCUACUUGAAUUGAUGCUGCGGUGCCCAACUUGAUGCUGUG